GAAGUAUUAAAAACUCGAUAAAUAUAUAGUUGAUGUGUCUUUUGUUUUCAUGUCUGACUUCAAUACAUCGAUUGAUUUGUAUAAAAUCACCAUAGUUUUAACUGUUUUAUUCCAGAAUCGUAUAAACCAUAUAUAAGCAUUAUUACAUUUGUUUAAACCGAUUUAUUAGACACUUUCAAAAUACAUUAGCUCUUUGUGAAGUCGUGUUCACCUCUCAUUCAAAUUUGCCUAAAAAUACCUCUCAACUCUGGAUCGAAUACAAUAUCGAAAUUGGUAACACACUAUUACCAUCUUUGAGUUGGAAAGUAAUCUUUGAAUGAUGUGGAUUAAACCAAACAAUCUGCAUAACUUUACAAUUCAUAAUCGUUCAUCUCUUUUAAUAUUACUUGUAUGUAUAUUAUAUUGUUCAAUAGGUUUUAUUUCAAGUGAACGUGUUUCUCGUAUCCGACGACAAGAUAUACUGGAUGAGGACAUUUCAGCAAGUGGUGGAGAUGAAGAUAUCCCCGAGGAAACUACACCAGUACCAUCAAGUGUCAAAGGUCCUGGACCAUUUCUGCAAGCAAAUAUUGUGACAGGUCCCGUGGUGCACCAGGUGAACCCGGUCUACCUGGACCGGCAGGACCUGUCGGACCACCGGGAAAAGUUGGUGAACCAGGGCCACCAGGACCUGCUGGUGAAGAUGGUGGACGUGGACCUACAGGUCCAUCUGGUGAUCCUGGUGUUGACGGUAAACCAGGCUGGAUGGUGAGCCAGGAUUGCGUGGAACUUCAGGACCACCUGGACCAGUUGGUCCGAUGGGUCUAAUCGGACCUACAGGCCCUCCGGGUCCAAUGGGUCCACCAGGUUUGAAAGGAAUCAAAGGUUCUCCAGGUAUUGAUGGACCAAUGGGUGAACGUGGUGAAACUGGUCUUCCAGGUCCAUUUGGUCCACCUGGGCCUAAAGGACCAUUUGGAUUACCAGGUGCUCAAGGUCCAGUUGGUCAAAUUGGCACGCAAGGACCAGAUGGCUUCCCGGGAUUAAUGGGUCCAGCAGGUCCUCAAGGGCCACCUGGACCUUCUGGAAUGAUUGGACCAAUUGGUUUAAAAGGUGAUGAGGGACUUCAAGGUCCACCAGGUUCUCCUGGUGAUCCUGGUGAUCCUGGUUUAGACGGAAGUCCUGGAGCUGAUGGAGAACCUGGACCUAUGGGUCCUACAGGUAAAGAUGGACCACCGGGUUUAAAAGGUGAAAGAGGAAUCGCUGGCCCAAUGGGACCUCAAGGAGCCGCUGGUCCAAGGGGAUUAUCUGGAGGACCAGGGUCACAAGGAGCACCUGGAGAGAAAGGGGCACAAGGUGUACCAGGACCACAAGGACCAACAGGUCCAGCUGGACCAAUGGGGCCACCUGGAGACGCUGGUGAUCGAGGACUAUAUGGACCCAUGGGAGAUAUUGGCAAACCUGGUCCACGUGGUCCACCGGGUGAAACUGGACCAAAAGGAGAUACAGGUAUGAUUGGUGCUCAAGGAAUGCCCGGAAAUCCUGGAUUGGAUGGAUUACCUGGAAAACCUGGUGAGGCUGGUAGUGAUGGAGAAAUGGGAAGACAGGGCAUGCCAGGCCCUCCAGGUUUACCCGGACCAUCUGGACGUGAUGGUGAACCUGGUCCUAGAGGUUUUCCAGGUUCUAAAGGUCAAGAUGGUUCACAAGGCUUACGUGGUGCAAUUGGACAAAGAGGACCUCCAGGAAAAGAUGGAGAUGACGGUGAAAUGGGCGCAGCUGGUCCCCCAGGCCCUGCUGGCCCACCUGGCCCAUCGGGACCACCGGGUGGACGUGGUGGACGAGGUCCAUCUGGUGAAGCAGGUGAUCCAGGCCCUCCAGGUCCACAAGGUAGUCGUGGUCCAACCGGUGCUCGUGGACGUCGUGGUAAAGCUGGGAUAGCUGGUGGUCCUGGAAGUAUUGGAGCGCCUGGUGAAAGAGGUCCAUCUGGACCAAUUGGACCAUCAGGUCAGCCUGGACCAAUGGGACAACCUGGUCAACCAGGAGGUAAAGGUCCUACUGGAAGAGAUGGGAAACAGGGUACAGAUGGAAAACCAGGAACCCAAGGACAGGUUGGUCUACCUGGUCCCAUUGGUGAACGAGGUCCUGCUGGAGAUGAUGGUGAACAAGGCUAUCCUGGUCUACAAGGUCCAAAAGGUGAAGUUGGCUCUCAAGGUAUCCCCGGACGUAUUGGACCAUCCGGUCCACCGGGAGUUCGAGGUGGUUCUGGUCAAAUGGGUCUAAGAGGAAUCAAAGGUCCACGUGGUACACCUGGAGAAGAUGGACCACCCGGAAAAGAUGGUACAGCUGGUGAAUCAGGACCUCCAGGUGAACCAGGUCCUCGAGGUCCUAUCCAAGUUCAAGGUUAUGAUAAUGGCAAAAUUGUCGGGCCACAAGGAGCUAAAGGUUUACCAGGAUACCCUGGACCACGUGGAAGACCAGGAAUACCAGGUGCACCCGGUGAUCCAGGUCCAAUCGGGGAAUCUGGUGCUCCAGGUGAAGAUGGUCCACCUGGUCCUGAAGGUCCACGUGGUAAAGAUGGAGUUGAUGGUACACCCGGAAGACCAGGAAAAUCAGGCAAACCUGGUCAAUCUGGAGCUGUUGGCGCUCAAGGACCACCGGGAAAACCUGGAGAUGCUGGAUAUGCUGGUCCUCCAGGACCAUCUGGAAUUCCUGGUCCAUCAGGGGAACCUGGUUUACCUGGAGUAGACGGUGUUAAUGGAACUGCUGGUCCCCAAGGGGCUCCCGGAAAUCCAGGCACACAAGGAUCACGUGGUGCCGCUGGACCUCCCGGAAUCGAUGGUGCCAAAGGUCCACCUGGAGAUGAAGGACCUACUGGGCCUAGAGGACAAGCCGGACCAAGAGGAACUCAAGGAAAAGACGGACUUCCUGGACUUCAGGGGAAAAUGGGCGCUCCUGGAAGACCAGGGGCAAGAGGAUCAGCUGGAGUUAUGGGCGUGCCAGGACCUCAAGGGAAGAUAGGGCCAACAGGUAAAGAAGGUCCAGAAGGACCAGCUGGUCCCGUUGGGCCACCUGGACCACCAGGACCAGAUGGAGAAGUAGGUGCUGCUGGUUCUGUAGGUGAAGUUGGAUCACCUGGACAACAAGGCCUUCCAGGAGAACGAGGACUUCAGGGGCCACCAGGUCCGUUAGGAGAACCCGGCCCACCCGGACCAAGUGGUCCCCCAGGUGUACCGGGACCAGAUGGACCAAGUGGUCCCAGAGGUGAACCAGGUGAUGCUGGUGUGGACGGAGUACCUGGAGGAAAAGGUGAAGACGGACCACCAGGACUUCCUGGACGACCUGGCAAAGAUGGAUCAGCAGGUAGACAAGGAAAAUCUGGACCACAAGGACACAAAGGAUGGACUGGCCCUCCUGGUGACCCUGGCCUUCCGGGAAUAGGUGGACAACAGGGACAACCGGGACUGCGUGGAUAUCGUGGGCUUUCUGGCUUGCCAGGAGAAAUCGGACCUGUUGGUGCCCCAGGACCUCAAGGAGAGGCCGGAUUUAUUGGUGAACCUGGCCCUCCAGGUGGUCCUGGCCCUGUCGGAAGAGACGGACCACGAGGACCCCCAGGACAUAUGGGUAGUGAAGGACCACCUGGACCUCCUGGACCUCCAGCAAUGAGCUAUGGAAAAAUGUAUGGAGACCAGAAGGGUAUCACCUUAGAAAUGCCCAAUGGUACACGCAGUUUUCCAGUCAGAUCAUGCAGUUAUUUAGCACGUACACAUCCUCAACUUCCCGAUGGCGAAUACUGGAUUGAUCCCAAUGGUGGUUCAAACAAGGAUGCAGUCAAAGUAUUUUGUCGUCUACGUUCAGGUGAAACAUGUUUCUCACCAUUAACCACUUCUUAUCAACAUAAAAAUAAUACGGAAAAGAAAAACAUUGGCAAAGAUAUCUGGUUUAGUCAACUGUAUGGAGAAGGACAGUUUUCUUAUGAUAUAUCAAUAAAUCAAAUUAACUAUUUACAACUUUUAUCAUCAAAAGCUAGUCAACAAUUAACAUUAUUAUGUAACGAAAUCGAUUUCAGUGGUAAACGAUCUCCACGUUUAUUUACAAAUAAUGAUAAAGAAUUAACUGAAAAUGGAUCAAUUCUAAACUAUAAACUUGUAGAAAAUAGUUGUCAGUCAACAGAGUCUACAUUUGGCAAAAUGACAAUAGAAGUCGAUACACGAUCUCACCGUCUACCAUUACGCGACAUAAUCUUACCACAAGUGGAUCAUCCACAACAGAUUAUUGGCUUAGAGUUAGGCAGAGUAUGUUUUCAUUAGCUGAGAAGUAAUUAAAUCACCAAUAAAUAAAUAAUUAACCAAUUUACGAAAAAAAAGAAGCAGAGAAGUAUAUGAAAAUUUGAGUAAAUACCUAAUUGUUAUUUAUGUCUCUUUUUAAUUCUCAACUCUUCAGUUGCCCGAAUACACCACACAUUUACAUUAAAACACAAAGUGCCUCUAAGUGUGUGUGUGAAGUUUUGUUAUGUUAUGAUAUAAAGAUAAUUAUUAUGCCCUACUGAUUAGUGAAUGAUAAAUAAAGUCUAAUUUCUUAUAUGAAAUACAAAUAAAUAAGUAUAUAUGUUUGAAU